CAACCCCUCUUAGCCAUUCAAAAAUGGGUACACCAGUGUACCUUAGAACCCACUCACAUUAUCUCACGCUUGCGUCAUGGUAUAAAAUGAUUAAACGGGCGCUGGAUCCUGCCCCGUGGAGAAUUCCAAGAAUUUGUAUUAUCAAUAAAUACUACUUAGGUACCAUUAUUCAUUACCACAUUCAUCGACCUAGAACGUCUGGGCAUGUCCGUUAGGGCGAUGGGUCAGUCUUCUUCUUCUUCUUCUUCUUCUUCUUCCAUUUCUCCUAGACCUUUGAAACCUAGAAAUUAUCCUAGAAAUUCCCGUGGAAAUGAAGAUGAGAGAUAUACCAGUACGGAGACCACACAGUUGUUGACACCUGAGCCGGAGGUAGAUCUAGAGGAUAACGACGAAGAUACGAGGGAGAAUGGAAACAAAAAUAGGAGUACCCUUAGAGGAAGGCAUGAUGGCCAUGCAUGUUUUCACCCUCAUGCCAUUGGCGAUAUAUGUUAUCCCCAGGAUGAAUUUGGGGAUUUACCGGUCUACAAGACAAUUCAUCGGUUCGUCUCCCACUCCAACUUGCUUUUUGGCUGGAAGUAAUGCUGAUGGGUGAUUAGGAUAAGAAGAGAUAUUAUUGCGGCGAUUGGUGAGUUUGAUGGAGGGAAAUAGAUUGAAACUUUGAAAGUACCAGUUUGGCUGAUGGGGGAGAUAGAUGACCCAUAUAGUUUAGAACAACUCAGGGAUCCGAGGCUUAAUGUUUCGGUGGUUAGACCCUUGGUGGAUAGGCUGUAUGAUUUGGACGAUUUGUCGGUCGGUAUGUUGCUAUCUUCAUCCUUGAAACCAUCUUAUGCUUGGAAGAAAUUGAUUGCGUACCUUUCUCAGGGAGACUAGAAUAACAGCCGGCGGACUGAUGUCUGGAGGAGCCUUGGAAUAAGGAAAUGGUGAAAUUUGGAUGAUGCUCCGAGUAGUCCUCGGAGGCCUGUUCGAUCCCAUCCUUAGCAUCCCUCCACAGUCUCUAUUGUUGCUUCUAGAUUGACACGUAGUUUUGAAUGCUAAUGCACCCCAGUCUACUGUCUUCUCGUCAAUAAGACACAAUUUCAACGUGAACAGGUGGCCCUCCCACAUCAACAAAGCAUUUGCACCACACGUGCCCAUCUAUGCGAAAUAGUUGCCAAUCGAGUUCUUCGCCGUUUCCACGAGGACUAUACCGGCUCAGAAGGUUUACUUCUCCUUUCUCGUAUCCUCGUAGGAGGUUUUGAUCCCUUCCAAGGUGCUCCGAAUAAUGUCAUUCGGGAAAGCAGUAACUUUGGUUGGGCCGUCCACUCCCGCACAGGUGCCAAUCGAAGACUACCAGCCCUAGAAAUCGCCAUUAUAUCUCAAAGCAAAGCUUUCCUCAGUUCGUCGGCAUGUCAAAAAGUAAUAAGCGCAAUAUAUGAAGGUAGAGUCAUAUAUACGCCAACGGCGUUCAUGGAUAUCCUGCCCGAUCACUACAAAAACAAGCCUAUCUCCUUGUACAAUCCGAGGGAGGCGCCAUUGUUUAACCAAUAUAGACUUAUAGUUCCUCGCACGAGGAAUUACCUGGAAGUGUGUCACUUUUUGCUACUGUUGGUUUUCUAUUUGUAUGUAAUGGCAGACCGUGAUCCAGCAACAUUUGGUGGGAUGGAAUUAUUCUUCAUUAUCUACACAUCAGGUUGGUCUUUGGAUCAAUUGUGAGUUCCUUGGUACAUUCCAGUCGAAUCUGACAACCCUUGUUAACGUCAGAUGUAGUUGCUCUAUUCUGGAACACGGAUGGCACGUGUACACCCAGAAUCUCUGGUCGUUCCUUGAUGUCACAUUCGCCGCAAUCUUCGGGUUUUAUCUCGUACUACGCUUGAGGGGCUGGCGCACUGAUAACAUUGGCACUGGUCAACAAGCUCUGGAUGUCCUCGCCUUGGGAGCCCCCGUCCUCGUUCCACGUCUAGCAUUCAACCUCAUGUCCGAAAACAUGCUCUUUAUCUCUCUCCGAGCCAUGAUGCGCGAUUUCACUGUCCUGACCAUUUUAGCUGUAUGGUGCUUUGCCGGAUUUCUGCUUUCCAUGAUAUGGCUUGGCAAUGGUAUUCACGAACCAAUUACUGUCUCCAAAUGGAUGCUCUGGAUAUGGUUUGGACUUGACGGCACAGGAAUCACAACAUCUGCUCAGUUUCAUUGGCUUCUCGGGCCCAUCCUCAUGGUUACCUUCGCAUUUCUUGGCAAUACCCUCUUCCUCACGAUUCUCGUGUCCAUGCUCUCGACAACCUUCUCAGCCAUCGUCUCCAACGCCACCGCAGAAAUCCAGUUCCGUCGUGCUGUCCUCACCCUCGAAGGAGUGAAAUCAGACUCCCUAUUUGCCUACUUCCCUCCUUUCAACAUCCUCGCCCUCUUCGUCCUCAUGCCCCUCAAAUUCGUCCUAACACCUCGCUGGUUCCAUAAGAUCAACGUAGCAGCCGUGCGUUUCCUCAAUGCUCCGCUCUUACUCCUCAUUGGCUAUUUAGAGCGCCGUCAGCUAUGGGCCGGCCCCCGUCGUCAAAAAGAAGCAGAGCAAUUGCCCCAUGUCCCACCUCGUCCCCGACUUUGGGAUUUCUCAAGAGGCUUCAGCGUUCAUGGCGAUUUACAAGCAGUCUUUGAAGCGGAGCCUCCUAGUGAUAUCGCAAAUGAAAUCGAAAUCGAGGCGGCUAAUGACGUUCCGCACGAUCAAAACUUUUUCGAAAAUGAGUUUGCGCAGGAAUUUAAUGCAUCGACGAAAUCGAAUUUGCGACCUGGACAGAAAAAUGUUAAUCCAAGAGAAAACAUGAAGAGGAGAGAUACAGCUAGUAGUUCCAAGAGGAUCAGAAGAGAUUCCGUAGCACCCUUUGCAGGCAUGAGUAUCCCAAAACAUUUGAGGGAUUUGUUGAACGAGGGGAGUAGUGAUGAGGAGGGAGAACAUAUCCGGGUGCGGCUGGGAAAUGGAGGAGUGUAUGGGGAGGGUGGAGGUAUUACUCGGGAGGUUGUGUAG